AUGAAUGGGAUUGAGUGCACAUCUUUUCACAAUGUUGCACAAAAAUCAUGUGAUGAUUUGUUAAAUGAGGCGCAUGAUAUACAAAAUGUAUUUGAGACAUUUACAGAAGAAGAACGUACAAAUAAUAGAUUGAGAUUGAAGGCUACUAUUUAUACAGUCUGUUUGUGUGCCUUUCAAGGAAUUGCAUAUAGAGGUCAUGAUGAAGGAUCAGAUUCCAUAAACAAAGGAAAUUUUCGUGAAAUCUUGAAGGGAAUUGGCUAUUUUAACAUAGAGAUGGAAGAAUUGUUCCGUACUGCUCCUAAACAUGCAUUAUAUACAUCACCAUCAAUUCAAAAAGAGAUUCUAAACCUUAUAUCAACUAGGGUGAGGAGGAUGAUUUGUGAGGAGAUUAAUGGUGGAAAAUUUUGUUUAGUUGUUGAUGAAGCACGCGACCAGUCUAAUAAAGAACAAAUGUCAAUUGUUUUGAGAUUUUUUAAUAAAGAUGGCUUUAUUAUGGAGCAUUUCUUUGGGCUUGUUCAUGUACCCGACACUACAUCACAAACUCUUAAAAAUGCAAUUUAUUCUGUAUUAUCACGUAAUAAUCUUGAUCUUAAGUCAAUCCGUGGUCAAGGGUAUGAUGGUGCAAGCAAUAUGCGAGGUCAUUUCAAGGGUUUGCAAGCAUUGAUUUCAACUGACUGUCCAUAUGCGUAUUAUGUUCAUUGUUUUGCCCAUCGAUUACAAUUAGCCUUAAUGGCUGCUUCACAAGGAGUUGUUGCAUUAAAAAAGUUUUUUACUCGAUUAUCUUUUGUUAUCAAUGUUGUUGGUGCUUCCUCCAAGCGUACCGACCAACUUAGAGAUGCACAAGCUGAGGAAAUUGCAUAUAAGACUUAUGUUGAUGAGUUAGAGACAGGUAAAGGUCUUAAUCAAAUUGCUACAUUACAACGAGCUGGUGAUACUUGA